GGACAUCUUGGUACUUAGGUGCACCCAACUGUACUCCAAUGGUUUCCUGAGUCUCAACCCCCUUCAAACCCCAAUGAUUUUCUUUUUCUUUUUUUCUAUAUAUCCUUUUCUUGAAUUAUAGACAAGGAAAAAAGGGUGAGAGUCAUAGUCCCUUUAAUUCAAAAGCUCUAAAUUUUCUAUUCAUGCUCACUUUUGUCUUUACCCUCCCUCCUCUUUCCCAAAACUUCUCUGCCCCUCUCUCUCCUUCUCUCUCUCUCUCUCUCUCUCUUGCACAUUCUAAAUCUAGGGUUUCAUUUAUUGUCUCCUCUUCUUUUAUGUUGGUGAGUGCGGUGGGGAAUUUCUGAGCUGAGUCUUUGAGGAGCUGCUGGAUAUGGAAUCUCCUCCACAUUUUUCAGAAUGAGCUUUGAUGUGUGUGCUUGGCAGUCCAUUUGUGUCAAAAUUCAGUCUUUUCAGUUCCCUUUUCUUUCUAUUGUGGCAAUUUUGUAGGUUGAGACUGUAAUUUUUGUUGGUUUGGUUACUUCGUUUCCGUGAUUCAUGGAAAACCCAUGCUAAAGGCCGGCCUUUUUUAGGUUUGUGUUGUGAUUAUGUGUUCUAGUGUAUGUUCUUCCUUUGCUGUUAGGGUUUUGUGUGAUUUCCCUUGUUGCGUCAGCUUCAGAUUUGUGGAGUUAGCAUAUUAGGAGUUGUAUUUACUGCGGAAUUCUUUACAUUUGGGAUAAUUUAGUUUGAAUUUUACCUAGUAAAUUCAUGGAUGGGAGAGAAGCCAUGGCAUUACAAGGGUCAGCAUCAUACUACCUUCAUAGAGGGGGAAUUGGUGGAUCUGGUGGUUCAGGGCCUGGCCAUACUGUUCAUGGCGGUGGCGGGGGCGGGGGUGGCUCCGCUGCUGCUCAGCCAGGUGUAAUACACUCCUCCCCUGCUUUCAAGAAUCUUGCAAAUACCAGCGUUCAUGUGCAGCAGCAAAAUGCAGGGGGUGGGGGUGGUGGUGGUGCUGCUGCUGCUGCGAGCAGUUCCUCAUUCCAUGUUGAGAACCCAUCACAGCAUUUCUCUCACGGCAGAAGCAUCACGGUUGCAUUACCGGGUGGCGAGCCUGUGCAGAAGAAGAAGAGGGGUAGGCCGAGGAAGUAUGCUCCUGAUGGAGCUAACAUGGGCUUAGGAUUAUCCCCCAUGUCUGCACCUAAGCCUUCUUCCGCUUUGGUGGUCAGCCCCGGGGAAAAGGCGAGACGAGGCCGACCUCCCGGGACUGGAUGGAAGCAGAAGCUUGCUCCCCUUGGUGAGUGGAUGAACAACUCAGCUGGAUUAGCCUUUACACCUCAUGUCUUGCAUGUCGGCGCUGGUGAGGAUGUUGCAGCAAAAAUUCUGGCAUUUGCACAACAGAGGCCAAGAGCUCUAUGCAUUAUGUCUGCUAACGGAUCAGUUUCUGCAGUUACACUCCGGCAACCUACAACUUCUAAUAGCACUGUUACUUAUGAGGGCCGUUUCGAGAUACUUUGCUUAUCUGGGUCUUACUUGGUUGCUGAAAAUGGCGGUCCUCGCAAUCGUACUGGUGGAAUAAGCAUUUCAGUUUGCAGUCCUGAUGGACACAUCAUUGGGGGUGCGAUAGGUGGUAGACUCGUAGCAGCAAACCCUGUACAGGUUGUUGCAUGCAGUUUCGUUUAUGGUGGCACUAAGCCAAAGAGCAAGGUCGAGUCAGCUGCUGAAGAUGAAAAACAUUUGCUAGAGAAAUCUGCCGAGAAGUCCCUGACCCCGAUAACUGCUGCUUCUAGUCAAAGCUAUACACCUAACUCUGGAACAAGUGUUUGGCCGCCAGUUGCUCGGGCGGAGGUUAAAAAUUCCCAGACGGAUAUUGACCUGAUGCGCGGAUGAGGAGAGACAACGAUAAGCACAUGUAAGUUUUUUGUAUAUAUGUGUUGUUGUAAAUGAAGCGCGCCAGGGGACGAGCCAGCCAGCUAGUUUCGUGCUAACAAAUUCUCCUUUCUAGUAUUAUCUUUAGGGUCUAGUAGAAAUAUGGAUGGAGAAGUUGGAAGUUAAAAAAAUUAAAAAGGGUGGAUUGACAUCUUUAUAGGUUGUGUUGUUUUUUUCUAGUAAAAUUGGUGGGAUUUGUUUUCUUGUUGUGGCCAUUGUUGUAGCUAUAAGCCUAACUUGAAUUGUAGAACCUUUUGACAGUGUAUUUAACUUGGGAUUUGUUCGGGCUAGGAAUUCCGGCUUGGCAUUUGCAUAUCUAACACUUUACCA